GGUAUACACUACCCAUCUCUUCUUCCCACAGACAGAAACUACCAUUUCCAGUAUGGCGUUUUGCCUUGAGAAAUGCGAGGUGUCCCUGCCCACAAGCAGCGGACUGCGUCUAAGAAGGUUGGCACUCUGCAGUUAUCCUGUGGUGCUUGCCGCUGGCAUUGGCAGCUUCUCACAGGCCCGAAAGCCACUGAGAGAGACAAGUGGAGUCCCCAUGGGCACUGAAUACAGUAAGGGAAGGCUACGAACUCCAACUCCGAUGCUGGCCACCGCUAUAGUUUUGGUGCCUCAAAUGUCUCAGGGUCUUCUAGUGUUGACGCCCUGGUUGACUGAAUGUUUCCGAAUUAGUUCAGAUGAAGGAGUGUCAACCUACAUCCAAACCCAUCAUUCUGACCAAGGGUUCUGCCUCGCGAUGUCCAUAGACUCUACUCUCAUGAUGGCAAAAUCCUAUCCUACCUCAACCGUUUCUGGCUCGGACGAGCCAUGUCUGUGUUAGAGUGCCAACAGUUACUCAGCCUACUGACGAUGGCUUCACUGUUGGUUCCGCUGGGCAUUCUCCAUCAGGCCACUCCAGCGACGGUUCAGCUCCCACGGCCAGCACCCAAAACAACACCGUCAACGGUUGAUGAUGAGUGCAUGUUUGAGGAUUCUAUCGAAGUGGCUUUCCCGCUCCUUCCUGGUAAAGGGGGUGAGCCUGAUCAGAGUCCACUGCAGAGAGCUGGUGUGAACUGAAGCCUCUCUGACGGGUUGAGGUGCUAUGUUCAGAGGCAGCUAGCUGCUGGAUCCCCCCCAUGAAGUGGUCAACACAUCAAUGUGCUGGAGCUCAGGGUGGUUCGCCUAGCUCUUCAGAAGUUCCAGCCCUACCUGGUAGCACAGCAUUUCCUGAUCCAAUGGCUCAGGAGCUCUUGACAACCUUUUCUUCAGGCUGGGGGGUCCAGAUCCACACCGCCUCCAGCCUCUCAUUAGUGGACCAGCCUUCAGGAGAAUGUAGUGAACAUGUUGCGGAACGCCGUGGUUUCUUUCACAAAUGCGUCAUAUCAAAUGGGGUGGGGCAUAUUCUGUACCUGGUUUGAGAGUCAUAUGUGCAAACGGUUUUAUGGUUUUCACUGCUUGAUGCGGGCCAAGCGGCAUCCAUAUUGAGAGUGUAUUUAGCCGCUAUCUCGUCAUGACGACGGCCAAGAGAGACCCAUGGCUGGCUACCCAUUGCUCUCCAAAUUUAUGAAGGGAGUUUGACGUCUGUUUCCAGCAAUGGCACAGUUCUGGGCCAGAGCCUAUCGAUACAAAGACUCUCACAUUGGAUUGUGGACAUUAUUACUACAGCAUAUCAGCUGGCCAGCCGGCCUCUUCCGUCUGCUGUAUUGGCGCAUUCUACUAGAGGAGUAGCUACAUCGUGGGCACUGCUCCGAGGAGUUCCCCUCAAUGACAUUUGCGCCUCGGCCAGUUGGGCAUCGUGUAGCACCUUUUUCUAGGAACUAUCGAGUCGUUGUUGCCCCCACCAAUGAGGUCAGAACGACUGUGCUGGGUGUUGCUUCCGCUUCCCUGAGUGGGGAUGGAGGGACAUAGCAACUAUGACGGCCCUGAGCUCAGUCCAAUGGGACUUGGCUCUCUGUCUGGCCCUUAUCUAGUUCACAGAUUAAUCUGGUAUUGUGAACCUUGGACCACACACCCACUCCACUAAAUAGCAGGCUAGUGAUUGCUUUGCAAUGCUUGCAGUUAGCCACUGAUUCCUUCCAAACCACUCAUUGUUGAAUUUGCGAUUUCCAACUUGUUGUGUAAUGUUUAUGUCCAAUGGCCGAUGAGCACCAAUACGUUUUAUCUAUAAUUUCUCUUCAUAAUUUCUCUUCAUGUGACAAGGAUUGAAAAGGAUUUGCCAGUAGAUUGUCAACUUGAUUCAAGAUGAUGACUGCUAGCUUGCUGGCUAAGAUUUUGAAAGUAUGAUGUUGACAUGAUCAGUCCAAUUAACGCUACGGUACAUAUAACGUGAUUUGACAUCAUUUUAUCUGUGGCCAAUGACCUUGAGCCUUCUUGGAUGGGCACUUCUAAUGUAACUCUAUGGCAGCACCCAAGGGGCUUGCAUUUUCGAGCUCUCCCCUUAGAUUUUUGCGGUGACGUAGUGUCCCCAUGAGUGACAGAACACUGAGCCAAUCAUGGCACAACUAGAGAAUAUUACCAACCCCUACACUCCGUAUAUUCCACUGGCUGCCCCACCACCACAGAAAGCACUGAGCUAGGCUGAAACACCUGCAUUUUGGAGCUGCCUUACUCAAGAAAGCAAAAAAUCGACCAUGUUUGUAUGCGGCUCUGCCCCACCUGCCCUGAAUGACGGGUCGCCACUGCUGUACAGCUUUACACUCUUCCCAUCACCCAUGCCACUCCCUUCUCCUUCGUUUCAUUGGUUUGGUCAUUGUCUGACACAGAGGAAAUAUUAUAUCGCUUUCACAGAUCCACAAAAAGAACAGAAUAAAGAUGAUCAAAGAUUACAAAGGUUAAGUGGAGUGUUGAAUCAGUUGACUCAUAACACUAUAAUGUUAGUCAAUAUGAAGUUCCACCGCUUGGUACAAUAUUUCAAUCACUUGGGUAAAUUUAUGAAUGCACAUUGUAUUUUCCAUUUUCCCUGCAUGUUCUUCUUACUGACUAAAUGUUAAUUUAGUACAGGGCUGAUUUUCCUGUUAGUCCCGCUCUCAAGUGUGGCUGCCUGGAGAUGAGGUAAGGAUCGUUCUACUUUUGAUGAUUCUACAGGAUGUGAAUGAAAAUAAAAACAUUCUGUAGAACCUGUGUCCGCAUCCUCAACAGAAAGCAUUUAUGAGAAUCAUUGAGAGGUUUACAAUAAAAGGCAUUAUUAAUAAACCUGUUUGUUUCCUGUUUUGAGUCCAGGUGACUACUUCAUGAAGCUGGUUGAGAGAAUGCCAAGAGUGUGCAAAGCUGUCAUUGUGACGAGGUGUGAAAGAAGGAGUCAGGCGCAGGAGGUAAAAUACCAUAGUCCAGAGUUUUGCCGUUUGCAUAAAUCAAACGCCCCAAGCGUCAAACGAAACUGUACAAGGGAAACCAUCCACCUUGGCCAUAACACGCUCUCACAACAAAACAAUCACUCACAAAGACAAGGGGAACAGAGGGAACACUUAUACACAUUCUAAUUAGGGGAAUGAGCACCAGGUGUGUGUGAUUGACAAGACAUGACAAGUGGAGUGAUGAGAAUGGGAUCGGCAGUAGCCAGUACUCCGGUGACAGCGAACGCCGAAACCUGCCCGAACCAGGAGGGGGGGCAGCCUCGGCGGAAGUCGUGACAGUACCCCCCCCCUGACGCGCGGCUCCAGCAAUGCGUCGACCCUGGCCUCGGGGAUGGCCAGGAGGACGCGGAGCAGGGCGAGUCGGAUGGCGACGGUGGAAAUCCCUCAACAGGGAGGGAUCGAGGAUGUCCCGCCUUGGGACCCAGCAACGUUCCUCCGGACCGUACCCCUCCCACUCCACGAGAUACUGAAGGCCACCCACCCGACGCCUCGAAUCCAGGAUGGAACGGACCGAGUACGCCGGGGCCCCCUCAAUGUCCAGAGGAGGUGGAGGAACCUCCCGUACCUCAGACUCCUGGAGCGGACCAGCUACCACUGGCCUGAGGAGAGACACAUGAAACGAGGGGUUAAUACGGUAAUCAGGGGGAAGUAACAACCUGUAUGUCACCUCGUAUAUCUCACUGGUCAUCCCCAAAGCCAACACCUCCUUUGGCCACCAUUCCUUCCAGUUCUCUGCUGCCAAUGACUGGAACGAACUGCAAAAAUCUCUGAAGCUGUAGACUCUUAUCUCCCUCACUAACUUUAGGCGUCAGUUGUCAGAGCAGCUUACCGAUCACUGCACCUGUACACAGCCAUUCUGAAAUUAGCCCAUCCAACUACCUCAUCCCCAUAUUGUUAUUUAUUUUGCUAAUUUGCAACCCAGUAUCUCUAUUUGCACAUCAUCUUUUGCACAUCUAUGUUAAUACGAAAUUGUAACUAUUUUGCACUAUGGCCUAUUUAUUGCCUUACCUCCAUAAUUUACUACAUUCGCACACACUGUAUAUAUAUUUUCUGUUGUAUUUUUGACUUUAUGCUUAAUCUUGGCCAGGUCGCAGUUGUAAAUGAGAACUUGUUCUCAACUGGCUUACCUGGUUAAAUAAAGGUGAAAAAAAACAACAACAAAAAAAACCUGUGGGCUCAGCUUCCGACAGGGCAGGCGGAGGGACAGAUUCCGGGUCGAGAGCCAGGUACGAACACCGGGGCCUCCCUGCGGUGGCGGUCAGCGUUGGCCUUCUGACGACGCACAACGCACUGGAGGCGAACGUGGGCAGCGUCCCAAGUCUCCUCCUCGCGCCGAAACCAGUCAUCCACCGCAGGAGCCUCGGUCUGGCUCUGGUGCCACGGUGCCAGGACCGGUUGGUAACCCAAAACACAUUGGAUGGGUGUUAGGUUAGUGGAGGAGUGGCGGAGAGAGUUCUGAGCAUAUUCUGCCCAUGGCAGGAACACCGACCACUCCCCCGGCCGGUCCUGACAGUAGGUCCGCAGGAACCUACCCACAUCUUGAUUCACCCUUUCCACCUGCCCAUUGCUCUCGGGGUGAAAACCAGAGGUCAAGCUGACCGAGACCCCCAGACGUUCCAUGAACACCUUCCAGACUCUAGACGUGAACUGGGGACCUCGGUCGGACACUAUAUCCUCUGGUACCCCAUAGUGCCGGAAGACGUGAGUAAACAGAGCCUCCACAGUUUGUAGGGCCGUGGGGAGACCGGGCAGAGGAAGGAGGCGGCAGGACUUUGAAAUGUGGUCCACAACGACCAGCAUAGUGGUGUUACCUUGGGAGGGGGGAAGAUCAGUGAGAAAAUCAAUACUCAGGUGAGACCAUGGUCGUUGUGGAACUGGUAAAGGUUGUAGCUUACCCGCUGGGAGGUGCCUAGGUGCCUUACUCUGGGCGCACACUGAGCAUGAGGAAACAUACACCCUCACGUCCUUAGCCAAGGUAGGCCACCAGUACUUCUCAGUCAGGCAGCGCAUUGUACGACCGAUACCUGGAUGACCAGAGGAGGGUGACGUGUGUGCCCAGUAGAGCAGACGAUCACGGAUAAGCGCAGGCACGUACUGCAGCCCAGCUGGACACUGCGGUGGAGAUGUAUCUGUGCGUAAUGCCUGUGCUAUAUCUGCGUCCAUUGCCCAUACUACCGGCACCACAAUGCAUGACGACGGGAGUAUGGGGGUGUUGUCUCUCCUCUGUGUCAUACAGCCGAGACAGUGCGUCUGCAUUCACGUUCUUCGUACCCGGAAUGUAUGAGAGUGUGAAAUCAAACCGGGUGUAGAAGACGGCCCACCUGGCCUUGCGAGGAUUCAGCCUCCUCGCUGCCCGAAUGUACUCAGGUUACGGUGGUCUGUCCAGACGAGGAAAGGGUGUUUCGCCCCUUCGAGACAAUGUCUCCACACCGUCAAAGCUCGGACAACAGCCAACAGCUCCCUAUCACCAACGCCGUAGUUCUGCUCUGCCGAGCUGAGCUUCUUAGAAAAGAAGGCACAGGGGCGGAGCUUGGGUGGCGUGCCCGAGCGUUGGGAUAAGACAGCUCCUAUCCCUACCUCGGACGCAUCCACCUCCACUACGAACGGUAGUGAUGGAUCGGGGUGAGCCAGUACCAGGGCUGAGGUGAACAGACCCCGCAAUCUACUGAAUGCCAAAUCAGCCUCAGCAGACCAGUGGAGCCGGGACGGCCCACCCUUCAACAAGGAGGUAAUGGGAGCUGCGACCUUGCCAAAGCCCCGAAUAAACCUUCGAUAGUAGUUGGCAAAGCCAAGGAAGCGCUGCACCUCCUUUACCGUGGUUGGAGUCAGCCAAUUACGCACGGCUGCAAUGCGGUCUCCCUCCAUUUCCACACCUGUGGUGGUAAUGCGACAUCCGAGGAAGGAGAUUGACUGCUGGAAAAACUCACACUUCUCUGCCUUGGCAUAAAGAUCAUUUUCCAGCAGUCAGACCAGUACUUUGCGAACCAGGGACACAUGCUCGGCGCGCGUAGUGGAAUACACCGGGAUGUCAUCGAUGUAGACCACCACACCGCGACCAAGCAUGUCCCGAAACAUCUCGUUCACAAAGGACUGGAAAACGGAUGGAGCAUUCAUCAAACCGUAGGGCAUCACCAGGUAUUCAUAAUGCCCCGAGGUUGUACUGCAGGCUGUUUUCCACUCAUCCCCUUCCCGAAUACGCACCAGGUUGUAGGCACUCCUGAGGUCUAAUUUGGUGAAAAAGCGGGGCCCCAUGCAUUGACUCAAUCACUGAAGGAAUGAGGGGAAGAGGAUAACUAAAUCGUACCGUCACAUUAUUUCAGUGGUCGAUAAUCACAUUCUUCUUCACAAAGAAGAAACUUGAGGAGGCAGGUGAAGUGGAGGAACGUAUAUAACCCUGGCGCAGGGACUCUGUGACGUAUAUUUCCAUAGCCUCCAUUUCAGCCUGCGACAGGGGAUACACAUGACUCCUGGGAGGUACAGCGUCUACCCGAAGGUUUAUCGCGCAAUCCCCCUCCCGAUGAGGUGGUCAUUUAGUCGCUUGCAUCUUGGAAAACGCGAGUGCCAGAUCAUGGUAUUCGGGGGGAAUGCGCACGGUGGGGGUACCGUCUGAACUUUCCACCGUGGUCGCACUAACGGAAACACCUAGACACCUACCCGGACACUCACGCGACCACCCCGUAAGGUGACAACGAACGCCAAAGCCUGCCCGAACCAGGAGAGGGGGCAGCCUCGGCGGAAAGCAAAGCAAAGGGUGGCUUUUUGAAGAAUCUCAAAUAUGAAAUACAUUUUGAUUUGUUUAACACUUAUUUGGUUACUACAUUAUUCCAUAUGUGUUAUUUCAGAGUUUUGAUACCUUCACUAUUAUUCUACAAUGUAAAAUAUUGUAAAAAAUAAAGAAAAACCUUUGAAUGAGUAGGUGUGUCCAAACUUUUGACUGGUAGUGUACAUAUCAACACAUUCACUGGAGACUAAGGAGUCACAAAGAGGCUAUAAACAUGUAGCGGUAUUUCAUAUCAGGUUCCCAAUACAAUAAUAGUCCCAUGUAGCUCAGUUGGUAGAGCAUGGCACUUGCAACGCCAGGUUUGUAGGUUCGUUUCCUACGGGGGGCCAGUAUGAAAAUCUAUGCACUCACUAACUGUAAGUCACUCUUGAUAAGAGCAUCUGCUAAAUGAGUAAAAUGUAAUAAGAUUGAAUAGAUUUAUAGUAAAAUACAGUAUUUAUUAUGUUACUACACAGUUUACAGCAAAAGUGGGUGACAAAGUAUCUAACGCCAAUUUCUUUAAUCAAGAGUCAAAAUGCAUAUAAUAUAAUAUAUAAUAAUAAUAUAAUAUAUGCCAUUUAGCUGAUGCUUUUAUCCAAAGCGACUUACAGUCAUGUGUGGUCCCGGGAAUCGAACCCACUAUCAUGGUGUUGCAAGCGCCAGCCACAUGCCUGAUGCAGACAGCACCAAAGGCCUACAGAGUACCUCUUUAGUACUACCAGCCUCAUUAUCAUGUUCUAAAACUAAGAUGACAACAAUGCUAGUAUAGGCCAUUUUUUUCUACUGCUGCAGAUUGCCAACACUUUUUGAUAGUAAACCCUCUACAACUGUAAUAUUCGCUAAUAUUCUGUAUGGCCAUGGAUACAUAGGCUAUUGCAGAUUUUUUCUAGGUGACAACAAGGAAAGGGAAGUGACCGACUCCAGUGACUCAUCCCCAAACGAAAGCUAGGGUUUCACCGAUGUGUUAUUGGUAUUUGAGAGUGGAAUUAUAGUCCACACAUGCCUUUCUGACAGGUUGUCAGUCCCAGUGCCACGCCAUAUUCUGCUUCCUCAUAAGCUAUUGUCUGUUAUUGAGCAGAGAUGCAGAUGCUUGCAUAGAUAACGUGUCUGCUUGGAACUGUGCCCAUAUAUUAUUCACUGCCAAUAACCAGUAUAUACAUUAUUUACUCAACUACAUAGACCAGGAAUAGAUUUAGUCUAUUUAAAAAAUAUUUAUAUACACUACCGUUCAAAAGUUUGGGGUCACUUAGAAAUGUCAUUGUUUUCGAAAGAAAAUCAAUUUUUAUGUCCAUUAAAAUAACAUCAAAUUGAUCAGAAAUACAGUGUGCCCUGUGUCCAACCCAACGAGGCACAUGUGACAGACCUUCAGACGCGCUCGAAACCCCUGCACCCAUCAGAUUCAACCCCCAUAUCACCACCCUCACUUUGAAGGGACACACCUGAGACUGUCUCCCUAACAUCUGGUCAGGACGGGGGAAAUUAGAAUCGGAGACAGGUGUGGAGUGAGUGCGUGUGUAGCAGGGGGAUUUUUCAUUAGGAGUCAGAGAAACCGAGCCAGGACCAGAGGUCUGUGGCAGCGAGGGGAAACAGAACGGUUUGGCCCAGUUAGAAAGGUGCAAAUGGGCUCCGAAAACAACCGUAGAUGGUGUCCAUUAAAUACAUUAGGCCUACUCAUGGAGAAGUCUGGUACUAGUAGAUUAUUAACCUCUGAUGAGCCAGUUGAGUCAUUUAAAACAAAUUCGCAUUGGACAAUAACAACUGUGUGUGUGUGUGUGUGUGGAUGGAUGAAUUGACCGAUUUAAAAACAAUCAAUCGAAAGCAACAAGAAAUGUAUUCCCGUUAGCCCACAGCCGACAGCCAGGUAAAAAGCGCCACGGUGACGAAAAAGUAUUCGCAUAAUUUGCUAAGUGUUUGAAAUAUUCGGCGCAACCCAUAUUGCACAGGCGGCUGCGGUGCCCACCGACUCCGCCUCUUCUCCUAAAGUAUACAUUGUACGCACCUAGCCGAGCAGAUAGAGACCAAAGCAAGAUACUUGAGAGACAGAGUAGAUUAUCAACUCAAUAUUAGGUGAAUAAACUCAGACAUGGGAGACCAGAUGCACUAUGCCACCAGUGCCCAGAUUAUUGGAAUAAUGUUUAGAGAGGCAUCUCAAAUCAAGGUAAACCACUAUAGAAAUGAAUAAAUGUUGUGUGUGUGUGUGUGUGUGUGUGUGUGUGUGUUAUUCCAUUUUUGUGUAUACAAAUUGAUCCAUUUAAACAUUUUCCCUUAUAUUUGUGUCUGUUGAAUUUUUACAUAAUAUUUUAAAAUAAUGUAAUUUCAAAUAUUCUACAGAUGUUUCUGACCUCCAUACUGUGGUCUGAUGAGAGUGAAGUAAUUGUCUACAGAUCAUUCCUGGAGUUUAAGGAGUUUCAUGUAAGUUUUAAAUUGAACCUGCACAUCAAUAACGGGGCAGCAGGUAGCCUAGCGGUUAAGAGUGUUGGGUCAGUAACCGUGAGGUUACUGGUUUGAAUCUCUGAGCCGACAGGGUGAAAAAUCUGUCAUUGUGCCUUUGAGAAAUGCACUUAACCCUAAUCCUGUAAAUCGCUCUGGAUAAGAGUGUCUGCUAAAUGACCCAAAAAAGACAAUUAAGUGAUUGAUACAUCUUUAUCAAAAGAUGUUAUAUCCCUCCUCUUUUUCAACAGAGACAAUUGAAGAAGAGGUUUUCCCUUGGGAAUCCUUUCCGCAAGAGAGACAGAGUGAUUCCCAAAUUCAGAUGUAAGUCAACAACCUCACAGUCUCAUCUUUACCUCACAAUCUACCCCCAAACUAUUUAAACUCUCCUUCAUCACUCUCCUAUCUCACCUCCUCAUCACAUUCAUGUUGUUCUUCUUCCUACCUCAAUGAAAAAGUGAAACCCCAUCUAUAAAAAAAAAAACGGAAUACAUUUUCCUUUCUUUCACUGCGAAUACUGAGUGCAGACCUUACUAAUUGUUGUCUUCUCUCAGCCACAGAGAUGAGGAGAAAGUUCCAGGAGAAGUAUUCUAGUUGGUCGAUGCGUCAGAUUAAUUUACUGGAGAACUACUGCAGCGACCUGCUCAGGUGUGACACGUCUGUGACCUUCAGUUCAGAGGUCACUCAAUUCUUCAUGCCCAAAGACCACGACCUGCAGGCAGACUUCACCAAGAACAGGUAAACACAUACAAAUAUUCCUUGUUUCAGCCUCUUUAAAAAAAGUAAUUUCAGCCUUCUUAUUUCACUACACUUAUUAUUAAAUCAUGGAUCCACUUAAUGGAUGAGAGCAUCUACUUACUAAAUGGCAGCAUUGUUUUAAGAGCACUCGGGCCUUCUCAUAAAAACUUCAAGAAAAUGUCCAGCAGGUAUGUUACUGUCAGCGUUUGUCUCCUCUUUCACAGCAUCAUGAUCCUGCCAUUGAAGGAGGGGAACAUGAGCAGGCAGCGUCUGAGCAUGGGCAAUGGGACACACCCCUUUGUGAGCCAGUCUUACCGCUGUGUGGGGCCCUACGACACCAAAGACACUAAGAACAGGCCCUUUAAAGUGGCCUUGGAUGAGAGGCUGGACGUGCUCAUCAAAGACCAGGCAGGUUAGAGUCCUCUUUAAUAUAGUUGACUUUUAUUUACCUGUAUUUAAACGUAGUUUAGCCCACAUUUAAUUUCUCCCUCCACUGUUAACCUGGGAUAGGCUCCACUUUCAAGCUUUGUGUGGAGAAGCAUGGAAGUCAAGACUAGUCUAAUUAAGAGAAAUUAAUAUGAUAAUAGAUAAAUUCCUCCUCCUCUUACACUUCUUCUGUCUCGGUCUGUGUGUGUUCAUUCAGGCUGGUGGCUGGUGGAGAACGAGGAUAAACAGUUGGCCUGGUUCCCUGCUCCCUACCUGGAGAUGUGUGAGACAGAGGAGGAUGGAGAUGAAUUGGAUGGAAUUCCCUUGGGCGGUGAGAUACGUUUUACUGUACAUUUAUGCAUAUCCUGUCCACAGUCCAAACUUAAUCACAGUAAAUGUUGUGAGUUUGAUUAAUAUACUAGGCCUACUGUGGAUUGCACCUACAAUGGAUUGCAGUUAGAGCAUGGAUAAACCAUUCCAAAUAUCCUGUUUUGAAGUUAGAAUGUUCCACAGCCAUCCAAACACCAGGGGGCAGUCCUCAGCUAGAUAAAUCACGCUCAUUCCAACAAAGUAGAGAAUAUUAGACUGAGAUUGUAUUACAGAUUACAAGAUUGCAUUACAAGGUUUUCUGUCAUGGUUUUGAGAUUUGUCAAGAUCCACUAUCUACAGUGCCUUCAGAAAAUAGUCACACCCCUUGACUUAGUUCACAUUUUGUUGAGUUACAGCCUGAAUUCAAAAUGUAUUAAAUAUAUAUUUUGUCUCACCCAGUUACACACAAUACCCCAUACUGACAAAGUGAAAACAUAUUUUUAGAAAUGUUUGCACAUUUAUUGAAAAUGAAAUACAGAAAUAUCUAAUUUACAUAAGUAUUCACACCCCUGAGACAAUACUUUGUAGAAGCAUCUUUGGUGGUGAUUACAGCUGUGAGUCUUUCUGGGUAAGUCUCUAUGAGCUUUCCACUUUUAUUCUGAAAAACUCCCCAGUCCUUAAAGAUUAAAAGCAUACCCAUAGUAUAAUGCAGCUGCCUUGAAAAUAUGGAGAGUGGUACUCAGUAAUGUGUUGUAUUGGAUUUUCCCCAAACAUAACACUUUGUAUUCAGAACAAAAAGUUAAUUUCUUUGCUACAUUUUUUGCAGCAUUACUUUAGUGCCUUGUUGCCAACAGGAUGCAUGUUUUGGAAUAUUUUUAUUGUGUACAGGCUUCCUUCUUUUCACUCAAUUAGGUUAGUAUUGUGGAGUAACUACAAUGUUGUUGAUCCAUCCUCAGUUUUUUCCUAUCACGACCAAUAAACUCUGUAACUGUUUUAAAGUCACGGUUGGCCUCAUGGUGAAAUCCCUCCGGCACCUGAGUUAGGAAUGACGCCUGUAUCUUUGUAGUGACUGGAUAUAUUGAUACACCAUCCAAAGUGUAAUUAAUAACUUCAGCAUGCUCAAAGGGAUAUUCAAUGUCUGCUUUUUUUUUAUUUCUACCAAUAGGUGCCCUUGUUUCCGAGGCAUUGGAAAACCUCCCUGGUCUUUGUUGUUGAAUCUGUGUUUGAAAUUCACUGUUCGACUGAGGGAUCUUACAGAUAAUUGUAUGUGUGGAGUACAGAGAUGAGGUAGUCAUUCAGUGAGUCCAUGCAACUUAUUAUGUGACUUGUUAAGCAAAUUUUUACUCCUGAAAUUAUUUAGGAUUGCCAUAACAAAGGGGUUGAAUAAUUAUUGAUUCAAGACAUUUCAGCUUUUCAUUUGUAAUUAAUUUGUAAACAUUUCAAAUUCCACUUUGACAUUAUGGGGUAUUGUGUGUAGAUCAGUGACACAACAUCUCAGUUGAAUCCAUUUUAAAUGCAGGCUGUAACACAACAACAUGUGGGAAAAGUCAAGGGGUGUGAAUACUUCUGAAGGUUCUGUAUACAUUCCCAGAAGAACUACUGCUGAUGGUAUUGUAGAAAGGAAUCUCUGUUGUUGUUUUAAUCCACUUCCUGGUUUGUCCCUCAGGAACUCUCUUCUGCGCUGUGAAGAGUUACUCCACUAAGAAUCAUGACGAGGUGCCUGUUCCUAUUGGCUCUGUGGUAGAGGUGCUGAGGAAAUCAAACGACGGAUGGUGGCUCAUCAGGUAUGUCAACAUGUAACUAUCUGUCUGAAUGUCUGCCUCUCAGAAUGCUAUACAGACAAAGCAAUCAAAACUGAUUUUUUUUGGUCAGGUCUGCGAUACAAGACAAUACAACCAAUGUACAACCUCUCAUUGUCUUGGCUAAAACCAGGCAGCAGGAAUGUGGGAGGAAUUGUUGAAUGCGUUGUCAAAUCAAAUCAAAUCAAAUCAAAUUUUAUUGGUCACAUGCGCCGAAUACAACAGGUGCAGACAUCACAGUGAAAUGCUUACUUACAGCCCUUAACCAACAGUUACUCCAAACAUGUGAUUAUAGUUUGAUUUGAUUUGACUAUGUGAACAGGGAGCACCUAAUUAGCUGGCAACCAAAAGUUAAUACCUGAAAUAAAAUGACAUAAGUAAGGCGAUCCUGCGGUUUUCAUACAUUUAUUUGUUAACAAACAACAGCCAGGAGAAAACCUGUUCCCUUUGACAAAUGAUGAUUGAUGGUGACUAACGGCACCACUUUGACAUUCUGUCAAGCAAAGACAUGAAAGUCAUCACCUGAAGAUGUCCUGUAAAAAACAACAACUCUUUGAGCCCUGAGUGAUGUAACUCUUUUCCCCUCCAGGUAUAAUGGCAGGACAGGCUAUGUCCCCUCCAUGUACCUGCAGCCUUACAACAACCCACGUGCUGGCUUCCUCACCCUGCAGAGGAAGCUGCACAGCUCCUCUCUCAAUCUGGCAACCCACAUGAACAGCUCUACUCUCAACCUGGCAUCCAGUGGGAGCAGCCAAUCUGGCAACCGCUACCCAGCCACCUUGUAUGAGGAGACAGAGCUGCAGGAGCACACGACCCAGCCCAGGGGUGAUCCGUAUCGGGCCCCCCGUCUCCAAAAGACCCGCUCUCUGGAGCUCCUGUCUGAGACCCGUCCCGGCACGGCCGUCCCUCCAUCCCAGAGAGAGAAAGAAGACCUGGAGUCAAACCUGGAUCCGGCAAUCCGCAAGAGCACCAUCAGCGGGGCCAGGUCCUCCAACUCUGACUUCAGCUCGUCAGGCAUUGAGUCUCUGGGCCGGAGUGUCGGGGGGCCUUCCACCAGUGAGGAGGAGCCCCAGAGCCCCCCACACAGCCCCAAGUCCUCACCCCAGCCAAGGGAGAGCAACAGUGGAUGCAGCAGCCCAGAUGAGAGCCUCUCCUCCAGCUCCAGGCCUGCGGCUGGGUCCUGUAAGAUGCCCACCGCUGCCCCCAGGGUGCCCCCGCGACCCAGAGCCCAGGAGAUCCUGACCCGGUGUACCUCCAUUACCUGCAAGGCUGCCCUGGCCUCCAGGGGGGAGUUCUCCCUGCAGGACCGCAUCCAGACCCAC